AUGUUUGUGAUUUUGUUCUUCACAGUGUUCGCUGUCUAUUUGGGCUAUGAAUUGUAUUGGAAGCGUCGGAAUCUACCACCUGGUCCAUGUCCAUUGCCAGUUUUUGGGAAUUUAUUGUCUAUUAAUAGCCCACCACCUGGAUACGCUGCAUUUGAAGGAUGGACCAAGAAGUAUGGAGAUGUGUAUACAUUUUGGAUUGGAAGCAAACCCCAUAUCAUGAUCAACACAUACGACAAAGUGAAAGAAACGUUCAUUCGAGACGCCGACACCUACACCAACAAAGUUCGACUCCCAGCACUCGACCUAUUCCGUGGUGGAGAUCAUGGAGUCAUUGACUCGAAUGGUGUCAAAUGGAGGGACCAUCGUAGGUUCGCGCUAACUAGUUUAAGAGAUUUCGGGUUGGGAAAGAACCUGAUGCAAGAAAAAAUCCUACUUGAAGUUCAAGAUGUCUUUGCCAAAUUUGACGCUACUGAAGGGAAAGAAACGGAAAUUCCACCAACUUUUGAUAACGCUAUUGCGAAUGUCAUCAAUCAACUUUUAUUUGGGUAUCGCUUUGAUGAGACCAAACAAGACGAGUUCCAAGAGCUCAAACAAAUCAUCGAUGCUCCUCCAGAACUGUUCGGAAAGCUUCACAUGUUCUUGGCCAUGAACAUUCCGAUCCUGGCAAAAAUAAUGCCCGAAUCGUUGUACGAAGCUCCUUUCAAAGAUUUUCGGGACUCUGCUUUUGCAUUUUUCCGGGGGCAAGUAGAGAAGCACAGACAGCAGAUAGAUUUCGAAGAUCUAGAAUCUGAAAAUUCGGAUUAUGUAGAGACAUAUCUGAAGGAGCAAAGGAAGAGACAAAAUGAAGGAGACGAAGAGACGUUCAGCAAUAUCCAACUAGAGAACAUGCUGAUGGAUUUGUGGUUCGCUGGUCUUGGCACUACUACAAACACCACUACAUGGGCAUUGAGUUACAUUUUGCACUAUCCAAAGGCGCAAAUGAAGAUCCAUGAGGAGCUGGAUAGAGUCGUAGCAAGCGAUAGACUUAUCACCACCGCUGAUAAGAAUGACUUACCGUAUAUGAACGCUUUUAUUAAUUUAUCCCCAUCCAAGCAAGGGCUACCGUCAUUGGAGAAGAAGUGUGCAACUAUGGUCGAGCCAAGAAUAUUCUCUGGAAUUUUGAAAAAGAGAAGAUAG